AUGUCUAUGAUAACGGCGCUUACGCCCAACCAGGUGAACGAUGAGCUGAACAAGAUGCAGGCUUUCAUCCGGAAGGAGGCCGAGGAGAAGGCGAAGGAGAUCCAGUUGAAGGCGGACCAGGAGUACGAGAUCAAGAAGACGGGGAUUGUGCGUGCGGAGACGAGUGCUAUAGACAGCAAUUUCAGCGCGCGCCGCAAGAAGAUCACUUUGCAGCAGCAGAUUACGAAGUCGACCAUCUCCAACAAGAUGAGACUGAAGGCGUUGAACUGCAGGGAGGAGUCUCUGAACGAUAUAUUCGACGAGGCCAAGAGCAGGCUCUCUGAGCUGGUCUCCACGGGCAAGUACCGUGAUAUCCUAGUGGCUCUGGUUGUGGAAGGUAUGAUUAAGCUUCUAGAGCCUGCCGUGGUGGUGAGACUCACCGAGAAGGAUUACAAGAAGUUCGGCAAGGACUCAAAGCUAAUAGACGAUAUUGUGAAGAGUUACAAAGACACAGUCAAGGGACGCGACAUUGAAGUCUCUAUCGCUGAGGACAACUUCCUACAGGAGAACGCAAUCGGUGGUUGCAUCGUCUCUGACUCAGAAGGAAGAAUUGAGGUCAACAACAGCUUGACUGAGAGAUUGCACAUUUUGAGCCAAGAAGCUUUGCCCGCUAUUAGACUGGAGAUCUUUGGUCCUUCAAAGACUAGGAAGUUCUUUGACUGA